AUGUGCGGGAUGGGUACGAUCGAUCUACGCGCCAUAAAUCACCGAUAUAAUGCGCUCCCAUCCCCAACUCGUCCGAUAGAAGAGGAUAUGCCGAUGGAUCUGGAAGCAAAAAUGAAACUACAAUACACAAUGUCGAAGCGCAGGAAACUUGGCUACGGAUGGUUUAGUUCGCUUUUGCUCUGUUUAAUCGCACUAACAGAAAUGAUUUCAAAUGUUUGUAGCCUGAAAGAUCUAAAAAUAUUCGUCCCGGAGGCGGUCAUAAUGGGCAAUGCGGCGACCUUAUCUUGUCAAUUCGAACUGGAAAAGGCAACACUUUACUCCGUUCGAUGGUAUUUUGAAGGCGAAGAGUUCUAUCGUUUCGUCCCGAAGGAAUCACCCCCGGCACGUACGUUCCCGGUGUCGGGCAUCACGGUGGAUGGCACACAAUCGGAUGCCACGUCCGUUACGCUGCGGGGCGUAACCCGCGACCUAACCGGUCAGUUCCAGUGCGAAGUAUCCGAGGACGCACCCCUCUUCCACACCGACAUCCGGCAGGCACGUAUGCAGGUGGUCGAGCUGCCCAAGGAGGACCCGUUGAUGCAGGUGGACAAAACGCACAUCACUACGCUGGACAAUUUCCGGGCGGUCUGUACCGUGGGGACAUCCUUUCCGGCUGCCAACAUUACCUGGUACAUCAACACGAAGCGGAUUCACCGAUCACCGUAUCAACGCAUCACGUACCGUUCGUACGAAGGGACGCCCACCUUCUCCUCGCUCGAGAUGUUCCCGCACAGUCAGGUACUGCAAGACAUCUACCAGUCGAUGCCACCGUUCCACACCAGCCUCACCGUCAUGUGUGAGAUCUCGAUCUUGCACAUCUACACCAAGAGCGCCCAGCAGCGCAUCCUGGUGAGCGAUCUCGUGACGACCAUCUCGCCGAACCUGCUCGGCCUGGAUGGUUCGAACAAUCGGCGAAAAAACAACGGUGACCCAGACAAUUCCCCCCUGACCGGGGGUACCGUCCGGCUGGCCGGUCAUACACCGGUGCUGCUGCUGCUGCUGGUACUGCUCGGUCUGCGGGCAGUCAGUACCGUGCUGCACUGGCACGGACAGCUGACGGAUCGUUCAUCCGGGUUGUGA